AGCUACCAAUGUAAUUAAUCAGGGAGUAUAGAUGUAGUGUUGGAACAGCCGAAGUGUCAAGUAUGACAAUGGAGGUUGUAUGAUGUCAUGGUCACAGUUAAUUAAUAGCUCUACUUUAUGCGACGUCAUUUUGACGUAAUAAAUGACGACAUAGCUUGAACACCAUUUAAUGAAAUAUAUAUUCCAGUUGAUAUACUGAUAUACUUUACUUAUAAUAUUCAUAUUAUUCUGACGUCACAAGAGCCAUAAUGACGACAUAUAAAACAUUCUACAUCUUUCUAUUGUUCGUCACAGCGGGAUGUGCAGACAUUGUGACGCAAUACUUGCAUUGUUACGAUUGUUUAUAUUACAACAAACAUCAUUAUCACGUGGAUAACUGCCAGAUGAACAUGUCAUAUUUCCCACAAUUUCUACAAAGAUGUAAAACAACUGACGUUUACUGCAGGAUUGAACGAAUCAGAGUUCAGGGAACGGUGACGCGUUUGGAACGAAGUUGUUCGGAAUCUUGUUACUAUGGCUGCAGGUACAAAGGUUGGGGAAUACUGACAGAAACGUGCACGUCAUGUUGUAACACUGAUGGGUGUAAUGUGGGAAACAAAUCAACAAAGUUAAACCCAAGCUUUCAUGUAUUUAGAUUCACCAUCAUGUACUUGCUAUACAUAUAUUGGUGAUGGGAGAACUCAAACACUUUGUUACUAAUGCUCACUGAGUUGUACAAACCAACUGUACAUAAAUAGAAUAUACCAGCUGUACUAUAUGCAUGAAUGUAUAAGAACACAUGAACAUCUACAUUCAUUUCCUCUACUGCUGUACUUGAAACAUAUGUUGAUUAUAUUUUAAAACCAAAGAAUGCAGAGUUUUAUGCUCAGUUCUGCCACCAUCUGCCGACGAAAGCAAUCAGUUUUUUCUUUGUAACAACAGAAAUAAAUCUGUAUUUUGUUGUAAAAUAAAAUUGAGGAAAAUAACUUGUUCAAUAUAUAUUGGUGAUGUAAUAAUACUUCCAUUGUUUGUUUGUAAAUAAAGUUGUUUGUUGUUUAAUUGUAAUCAACACAACCAAGCCAA